CGUUAAAAUAUCUCAUGCCAUGUGUUUUCACGAGAUAAGCCCAUCGGGCUGGUGCUUAAAAGCCCUGAGUUUGUGAGCUUUGUUCGACAGUUGACAUUCUCGGACUGGAAAUACAAGCAAUGUUCGCGCUGCUGAUCCUCGUCGUGGUGCCAGUCUGCUUGGCUCAGUUCGACCCGAAUGCCCUGAACCAGAAUUUUGGAAAAGACGGGUUCGGAGGUCAGACUGCCAACAGCACGGGCGCAUUCGAUCCUAACAAAGCCAACGCCGGCUUCGGCUCAGGGUUUGAAUCGGGCUCCGGCUUCAAUACCGGUGGAGAUGGUGGCUUCGGUGGUUCCGGAACCGGAUCUACUUCAGGAUCUACAUCAGGAUCUGGAAGCGGAAGUGGGUCGGGAACGUUCGACCCUAAUCAGUUCAUAAGCGGUGGUGGAACUUCCGGUACAUUUGACCCGAACGCACUCAACAACUUUGGCGGAUCCAAUAGCACCCUUUUUGGACGUCGUUGAUAAUUUAAACAUCACAUCGUGUCUUCAAUUAAGAAUAAAUGAAUAAAUAAAACAUCUUAA